GUAAUGAAAACAUUGUUGUAAUAUUUUCAAUAUAUUAUAGAAGUGGGACUAUUACAUAUAACUUACAUAAUAUAAAAAACAAUGUGAGAUGGAAUCAGAUUUGGAUCCAAUUAUAAUCAAAGCAACACAAACAUCGCUUGGCAAAUAUGUUAAACGUCCUCCCCUGAGUGAUAAAUUAUUGAAAAAACCACCAUUUCGGUUUUUACACGAUAUUGUGACUUCAGUGUUAAAAUCUACAGGUUUCUUCAAUGGUUUAUUUGAUGAAAAUGAGCUCAUAUCUGACAAUGUAAAGGAUAGAGAUGCUAAAAUAUCGUUUUUGAAUAAAAUUAUAUAUGUAGUGGGCAAAACGACUGGGGAGCAACUGCUUGUGAAACCGUCAAAAAUUGUUGCCGGCCAAGAACCAGAAAAAACAAAUGAGUUAUUGCAAUGUCUAGCAUUAGCCCUUGAUAAAAAACUUACAUCAGAUGAUGCAGUUAAACAAUUUAAACAUGAAAAAGGAAGAGGCGCUAAAGAAGACAAACAUCCAAAGGGUCCAAUUGAGAAAAUUGACUCUAAAAAAAAGCGUACACCGAGAGAGAUUGAUCGAUCGAAAAAGGGUGACAAUCAAGGACAAACGCUUAAGAAUAAAUCAAAAGAAACAGUUAAAGUCAAAAAAGAAUCGCCGCCCAAAAUAGCAUCGCAACAAAACAAGUUAAAAUCUAAAGAGAAGCCAGAGAAAACACUAACUACAGCACCUAAAGAAACUGCAAAUACUAAUGCAGACCCAAGUUCAACUCAUAACAUUCAGAUAAAUACUAAUGAAUCGGUCAAUUUAAAGAAAAACAUUGAUAGUCCAAAUAAAAAACCUAGAAAUAAUGACCUCAAUACUAUUAAUUUCAUCCAAUCUCUUAAUACUGAGAACAGUAUACAAACUGACAAUAUAGCUCAAGUGCACAGUCCACGAUUAAGUGAAUUAACUGAACUUAAUCUCGCAAGUACUGAAAAAACCGACUUAGGCAAUGCUGACCUUGAAAAUAAAGAAAAACACGAAUUCAAUAACGAUGACAUAAACGGUGAACGUAUAAAAGUUGAAAGUGAUUUUAAAAAAGAAAUAGUGGAAAAAGAUUAUCCUAAGGAAACUGAUAAAAUGUCUGGAAUUAUGAAAGUAAAUGAUUUGCAAAAUAUUGAUGUUUCGAACAUAAGACCACCCAGUGCUAGACCUGCGUCAUCUCGACCGGGUGCACCGAGAGUACGUGAAAGGCAUGAAAAUAAUGUAUCUUUGAACAAUAUUGCCAUUAUUGGGAAGGUUAAUAUUAUAUCCGAAAAUUUGUUAUCGGAAGAGAAUGAAGAAGCAAGUAUUGUUAUAGAAAAUAAUAUAGAUCAUGAUGGAUUGUUAAAUCAACCUGAACAUAUUGUACCUAAUCAACAUGGUCAUUUAGUUCAACAAAUAUUAGAUUCUCAAAAAGAAUUUACAAAUGUUUCGGGUAGAACUGAAAUUGAAUGGCAAUUCGACGCACAGAAAGCAAGAGAUGAUACAAAUAAAGACAUAGACCAAUUGCGUUUUAAUAUACAAGCUCUCUCUCGUAUUGCAAAUCCUUUGGGUAAAUUAUUGGAUCAUAUUCAGGAAGACGUAGAAGUUAUGCGACAAGAAUCUGUUCAAUGGAUACAAACAUACGAAGAGUCUUAUAAAGAAUUGUUAAAACAGAAAACAUUAAGUGAAGAGCUACUGCUUCCCCUUCACUCAAAAAUAAGUCAAUUAGAAAUAGAAAUUACUGAAAAGCAGGAGAAAAUCAACGACCUAAAAAUAAUAAUUUAUAAAAACAAUUCUAGGAUCGACAGACUUUUAGUAACUGGGAAUAUGCAAUAAAUUAAACUUAAGUAAUUGAUUAAUGGUGCAGAGUUUACAUUUUGUUAUA